UUAUUCUUCAUUAUAGUACCUACGCUCGUAGGAAGUAGAUGCUCCUCACUCGUAUCGGCCAAUUUACGUAGUCUCGCGUAAAAAACCGUCAAUUUCGUGUAAUUUCCAAGCGGUGCUCAAUUACGGCGCGGAUUACACGUAUUAGCCAGGCGUAAUCGAUGUCAUUAGCGGGACGUUGCUCGUCGCUCCUCGAAAACACCCGGGACUGAUUCGGAAGUGGAUUUUUACGCACCCCCGCGGUCUGUGACAGUGCCUACUUAGUGCUUACGGAUGAGUUUGACUUGAGGGUGAAGUGUACUUGGACUGGGAACGUCUCCGUUUCUGUCUGUAACGUCGGGACGCCUGCCGACGUCUCCACCGUGGACUCCAAGCAGUUCACCACGCUCAACUUCACCGAUUUGGGUUCCCCGUUUGGGGGCCCGCAGGAGGAUCCACCAGGGACGCCGACGAUGUCUAGCGAGGGCCACUUGGGGCCACCUACGCCUCACGAGUCGAACAACUCGACGCCGGUGUCGAAGAGCGCCUUCAUCGAGCUCCAACAGCACGGUUACGGGCCGUUGAGAACGAGCUAUCAGCACCAUUUCAACUCGCCGGCGGCGAACGCACACGGGGGCCCUGGGGGUGGUCACGACGGUGGUUUUCCGAGCCCCAGGAGCGCCCUGAGCGCGUAUCCGUUCCCGCCGAUGCACCAGAAUUCGUAUACGGGAUACCACUUGGGAUCGUACGCGGCCAACUGUCCUCCUUCGCCCAAAGAUGACGACAAAUGCCUGUCGUUGGAAAGGCCGUCUGGUGGUGGAAAAGGGAAGAAGAUGCGAAAACCACGCACGAUAUACUCCAGUUUGCAGUUGCAGCAGUUGAAUAGAAGAUUCCAAAGGACACAAUACUUAGCUUUACCGGAAAGAGCUGAGCUGGCAGCAAGUUUAGGAUUGACGCAAACGCAGGUUAAAAUAUGGUUCCAGAACCGGCGGAGCAAAUACAAGAAAAUGAUGAAAGCGGCCCAGGUACCCGGGGGUACCAACAACAAUGGAACGCCGGGGGGGCACGCGGGCCUACUUGGCUCUAAUGCCAACCUGCCAUCGUCCAGUCCGGGCCCUCAGGGCCAGGGAAUGAUGCAAGGUGGCGGCUCAUCGAGCGGCUCCCCGUCGACGGCGGGCUACAUGCAGCACGGCUCGUCCCCCGCCCCCAGUUCCACCCCCGGUUCGGACAUGUCCGGCCACCAGGGAGGCGGCGCGCCCAGUCCCGGCUCGACGGCGGGCUGGGGCCACGACGUGAAGCCAGGCUGGGGGGACGUGAAGCCCCAGCAGCCCAUCCACCCCCCGCACCACCCCCAUCCGGCGCCGCCCCAUCCACACGCGCCACCUCCCCACAACUACCUCCCACAGUACUCGUGGUAUCCGACGGACAAUCCAGGCCUUUUAACGUGAGGUAUGGCCAGCAGUCUAGUGAACCCCAAGUGAUCAGUUACUAACCUAGGUAAACGAUAAACAAAUUGAAAAACAUAUAUUAUGAAAGUGGACUCUCGAAAGAGCAUUCAGUGUUAGAUAUGUUAUUACAUUUUGUCUAUUGCGUUGUUACUAACUUGUAUAGUUUCCCAAAAAAAAAAGUUUUAUAUUUUCCCUGCAAGGAGACCACGACAAAAAAGGACGAGUUACGGAUAUGUUGAAACGGUAGUGACAGUUCCAGUUUACGAAUGAUUUCCAUUUUUGUAACUUCUUGGUGCAAUAUUGUAAACAAAAUUGGAGAUAGACGUUUUUAGAUUAUGUAUCGAUUUUCUUCGAGAAUAUGUUUAAAUCGUACUCGCCAUGGAGAUGACCACUUGUAGAUAUAGCGAAGUGUACAUAAAUUUAUAUUUUUAAUUCUGGUGACUCAUCAUGUGACCUUCGGGUUGUAGGAUGAAGUCCACUGUUGGUUUUCUCCGUUCAGGUAGCUCCUUGGCGUGUACCGACCUUUAUGUUGAUUUUAUUUCUGAAAAGUUAGCGAAUGGUUGCGGAAAAAAAUUGUAAACCACGUCCGUGUUCGGACGUGGUACUGUACAGGCUGUUUACCCGAAGAGAGCGAGCGAUCUCCUGUGAUCAAUGUCAGAUAUUGUUGAUUUCAUUCCCUUCUUUGCUGCCUCUUUGAGGUAAACAGCGAUUGCAUACUGAAUUUUAGUGAUUCCUGUAUAAUAACAUAAACUAAUAGUUGUUGAUGAUUGUGGUGCGUGUAAAGUAAGCAAGAAGAUGUACCUUAUAAUGUAAAGUAGUGUUAAAAUCCAUCAGAACCUGUCUUUUGUUUAGAAUGAGAUAUUAUUAUUAAAUGAGAAAAUUUCUAAAUGUGUAAAAUAUAUAUAAAUAACGAGAAAA